AUGGUCCAGCUGCGACAUCAUCAGCGUUGUGAAGACCUGGUCGAAUGGCGGACAAACGCGCACAGCAUUCAGCCGGACGACACCAUCAAGGAAGAAACGGGCAAUAUCCAGCAUGUCAUCGCUGAGAACAACAAUGACACAAUCCCAAGAGUCAGCAGCGAGGCCAGGAAGACAACGACCAUCCAAGCCAAAUGUGUGGUUGGAAGCGAUGGCGCGCAUAGCUGGGUGCGCCAUCAACUGGGUAUACCCAUGGAAGGCACCUCGACCGACGCAGUUUGGGGCGUCAUCGAUGCCGUCUUCAUCACUGAUUUCCCCAGGGCAGGUUGCACCUCUUGA